AUGAUGGGAAGAAAAAAGAAAGCAAGCGGAAUUUCUGUGGCGUCAAUCGGCGAAUUCUCCUUCGUAAUUCUUCAAUAAAAUUCGUCGUCAUGGGGAAAUCAUUUGCCAAUUUUAUGUGCAAGAAGUUCUUUCACCCAGCAUCCUAUGCAAAUAUUAAACGGGUAUGGAUGGCAGAACAGAGGACUGAUGCAGAAAAGAAAAAGCAAGAAGCCUUGAGAUCUGAAUAUGAAAGAGAACAAGACACUUAUAACAAUAGGCAGCUAAUGGGUGACGUACGGGUGAAGCAUGGCCUGAAUUUCAUGUACGAACCGCCCAAGGGCAUGAAGCAGGAAGAGAAGGAGGAUGGGGAUCAGGAGUACAAGUUUGAAUGGCAGCGUGGGGCUCCUAGAGAAGGCUACGCCAAGGACAUGGAAGUCACCGACCAACCCUUUGGUAUCGCUGUCCGCAACGUCAAGUGUAUCAGAUGCCACAAGUGGGGCCAUGUCAACACUGAUAGAGAGUGCCCAAAGUUUGACCAGACCAAGGACGAUGAGAUUGCUGGACCCAGCACCGACAAAUCUGAUCUGAUGGAGGAUAUGAGAAGGGAUGGGCUGGCUCUGAAACAGAACGUCCUUGGAAGGAAAGUCAAUGAGGAUGCUAAAAAUCAGAAAUUUGUUGGCAGCAGUGACGAUGAGGAUGAUGAUGUGGAACCAGAAGAAGCUUUCCUCAAAUCACUCUCCAUGAAAGACAAAGUGAAACUACUUAAGAAGUUGGAGAAGAUGGAGAAGAAGCAGAAGCGUCUAAAUUCAAAGAGCUCUAAGAAGAAGAAGAAGGACAUGAAGAAGAUAAAGAAAAGAAAGGCAUCGCACUCAUCGGAUGAUAGUGAUAGCCACUCAGAUGAACGAGGGAAGAAGGAUAGAAGGAGGGAGAAGGAAAGACAGCAUGGUGGAAAAUCCAGGAAAGGACAUUAUGCUGAAUCGUCUUCGGAUGAUGAACAUUAUGAGAGAGAUAGAAAGGAGAAAGAACGUAAGCAUAGUGGAAGAUCCAGGAGAGGACAUCACUCUGAAACAUCAUCAGAUGAUGAAGUUGAUGACAGAGACAGAAGGAACAAACAACGUAAGCAUAGUAGAAAAUCAGAAAAAGGACACCAUUCUAAAACCUCUACAGAUGAUGAUAGUAGUCUUGAUGAACGUGGGAAGAGAGAUACGAGAAGGAGAAAGGAACAAGGACACAAUGGAAAAUCGAGGAGAGGGCGGUAUGCCGACUCUGAUUCAGAGAGUGAUUCAGGAGAAGAGAGGAGAAAGAAAUCAAUCUCAAAGCAUCAUGGUGAAAGACGGACAAUCAAACGGGAGCUGGAGAGCGAUGGAGAGAGUAGGAAAAGAGAUAGGAAAGAUGAUCGGAGAGAGGAAAGGAAGAUGAAGAGAGAACCGAGAAGCGAUAGUGAGGAGAGAAGACAUAAGAAAAGCAACGGGAGGGAGGAGAGUGACGGACACAGACAAAAGAAAAUCAAAGUCGAACGUUCUGAUUCUCCAAGCCGUGAUAGAUAUGAAAGGAAUGGAAAUGAUAAGCGGAUGAAGGAGGAUGACCAGAUGGAUAGAAGACAAAAAAGCGAAAGAUCAGUCGGUCAAAACGAUGACAGACAUAGAGGAAGAGCUUCCAGGGACUAUGAAGAUGAUGUGAAUACUUACAAAGAAAGCAGAAGGGAUAGAGACAGGGAUGGAGGAAAGAGGGAUAGAGAAAGUAGAAGAGAGCACAGAGACGAGGAUAGGGGUCAUCAUCGCCAUGGUGACCGUGGUGGACGAUGAAGCAUCCCUGGCCUGAAAGAGAAUGGUAAGAUAUUCAAUCCAGUAUGUAGUGAUUAUCUUAGUUCUGUGAACUACUACACUGUAGUAACAGUUCUGGAUUGCAAGACUAUCACAUUCUGGAUGAUGGCCUUGUAGGAUAUUUGCUUGUGUUCUGUACCAGCAUGUGUUAUUUUAAAUCACAAUGAGAUAGCACAGAGAACAAUGUGAGAUCACCAUCAUUUGAGUAAUAUUGUCUCACAAAAAUUUUAGUGUAAAUUUUAUUCAAUCUAUAAAGAUAAUGCACAAAAAUAACAUAAUUUGAGUUAUUUUGUUCAUUGCAUCUUGAGUUCGACAUGUACUUCAAUGGUUGAAACUCAUGUAAACUAAUCAUGACAUCUGUUCACCAUAUUUGACUGAAUCCUCUUGCAUUUCCGAAUUUAUAGUCUCUCCAAAGUAAAUGGACUGAAUUCUGCAAAUCCACUGAAUUGUUUUACGAAGUAUCUGAAGGUAAAGAUUACUGGCCACCCAAAUCGCUCUUUAUGAAACGGCAUAUUCCAUACAUGUAUUUACAAGAGAGAUUGAUCAAUAUUGCUUUCAUGACUUGUGUUCUGUAAAGUACAGCUCUUUUUUUUCAAAUCCAAAACAAAUCUUCUCAAUGACAAAAUUUGACAAUGUGCACAUUAUGAUUCUACCAAAUAUUUUUAUUUCUGCUUUUGACUUGUAUCACAAAAUGUAGACCUGUUUGGCACAUUUGCA